AUGGGCGAAGUCAACAACUUGGUAUUCAGUGAUACCGUGUCGCGGCCAUCCUACUGGGCCGGAAUUUGCAGUUGCGGCGUGUGUAAAAUGGGGCAGUUGUUUGAUCAACCACCAAGGCUUGCCUUGAUGAAGGCGCUCCUGAAAGAGGCCGGGGAGAUUCUCAGGGCAAUGCAAGCACGAGCAUCUCAGAAGCGAGCAAAUCCAGUGUUUACUGACGAGAGCUUACUGGCUUUGGUCUUGAAGGCCACGGAGAGGGUGAAGGAAAGCAAGAGCUCAAUGCUACAAGACAUAGAGGCUGGGCGGAGAACCGAAAUUGAUUAUAUCAACGGAUAUCUGGUCGGGCAUGCAAAACGACUAGGUAUUCGUUGUAACAAUCAUCGUACUAUUGUUGAAAUGGUCAAACAACGGCAAGUCAUUGAAAAUGAGCACAUUUGGGCCCUAUUUGAUAUGACAAAGUAG